GCUGACCAAAAUGGAGAGAGGGCUUUUCUACGCAAUAUUUUGGUCAGGCAUUCGUGUUUUGCAUUUUGCAGCAAAAGAGGCAAGGGAGAUCCAAUACUGAAUCAACAGCAGCGGCAAUGGCUAGACAAGCCUCACGACUCAUCAAAUCCUUGUCUUCCAAGAUUUCUCCUCACAACCCUCAAAUAUCCCCACUCAGUCCAUUCUCCUCCACUUCCUCUUCUUCUUUGACUCUCUCACGGUCUUUCUCGGCGGCUCCAGCGCCUCAACCUGCGGUGUUCGUGGACAAGAAUACUCGCGUCAUUUGCCAAGGCAUCACUGGAAAGAAUGGAACUUUCCACACCGAGCAAGCCAUUGAAUACGGCACUAAGAUGGUUGGUGGAGUUACACCAAAGAAGGGUGGCACAGAGCACUUAGGACUUCCUGUUUUCAACACAGUUGCCGAAGCAAAGGCUGAAACCAAGGCUAAUGCUUCUGUCAUUUAUGUGCCUCCACCUUUUGCUGCGGCUGCUAUCAUGGAGGCUAUGGAAGCUGAAUUGGAUCUUGUUGUGUGCAUCACGGAAGGAAUUCCUCAACAUGACAUGGUUCGUGUGAAGGCAGCCCUUAAUCAGCAAUCAAAAACCAGGCUGAUUGGUCCAAACUGCCCUGGUAUCAUUAAACCUGGGGAAUGCAAGAUUGGAAUUAUGCCUGGAUAUAUUCACAAACCAGGUCGCAUAGGAAUUGUUUCUCGAUCGGGCACUUUAACAUAUGAAGCAGUUUUCCAAACAACUGCAGUUGGUCUGGGGCAAUCAACCUGUGUAGGAAUUGGUGGGGAUCCUUUUAACGGAACCAACUUCGUUGAUUGUGUGACAAAAUUCCUUGAUGAUCCUCAGACAGAAGGUAUCGUUCUAAUUGGUGAGAUAGGGGGCACUGCAGAAGAAGAUGCUGCUGCACUAAUAAAGGAAAGUGGCACUCAGAAGCCUAUUGUAGCCUUCAUUGCUGGACUUACUGCUCCUCCGGGACGGCGUAUGGGUCAUGCUGGAGCUAUAGUCUCUGGGGGAAAGGGCACGGCGCAGGACAAAAUCAAGACUCUAAGGGAGGCUGGAGUGACGGUUGUUGAAUCACCUGCAAAGAUUGGUGCAGCAAUGCUUAACGUCUUCAAGGAAAGAGGUCUUGUGAGUUAGUUUUUUCUUUCCAAAGAGAAGAGAAAAUUCCUGAAUUAGUUUCAGGUGGACCUGUUUUAUAUAAAAUUUCCAUUGUUUUGUCCCAAAUUGAGGGAAAAUGUUUUACCCUCAUUGAAUGUGCCAUUGUUGCGAAAACCAGUUUUGGCAUAAAAAGAAGAGCUAAACUCUGAUAGUUGCUGGGAAGUUUGAGGGGGAAAUAUUCAUUUCAUCCGUUCCUUUCCUCUGUCUGGUUAACUCUUUUCAUAUCUUGAAUAGAAAGUAGGGUGAAGUUGUUCU